ACAACACACAUGUGGCGGGCGGAGAAGGCGCUGUGCCAGACCGGAUCCUUCAUGAGGGAAGAGGUUGGGGACAGCUAGGUUGCUGGUUCAAGCUACAGUGAGUCCGUGUAUGGGCCUGUGUUAGUGUCCAUAGGAUGUCCCGUCAUGAAGGUGUGAGCUGCGACGCGUGUUUGAAAGGUAACUUUCGGGGGCGGAGGUACAAGUGUUUAAUUUGCUACGACUACGACCUGUGUGCCUCGUGCUACGAGGGCGGAGCUACCACCACCAGACACACGGCAGAGCACGCCAUGCAGUGCAUACUAACCAGGGUCGACUUCGACCUGUAUUACGGGGGAGAGUCCUUCUCGGUGGAGCAGCCCCAGGCCUUCACCUGUCCCUACUGUGGCAGGAUGGGCUACACGGUGACUUCUCUACAGGAGCACGUUGGUUCGGAGCACACAGAGACCUCCUCAGAGGUGAUCUGUCCCAUAUGUGUUGUGCUGCCUGGCGGAGAUCCUAAUCACGUGACAGAUGACUUUGCUGCUCAUCUCACACUUGAACACAGAGCACCCAGAGACUUGGAUGAGUCGAGCGGGGUGCGACACGUGCGUCGGAUGAUCCACCCGGGUCGGGGUCUGGGGGGGCAGAGGGCCCGUCGAUCCAACAUGCACUUCACUUCGUCAACCUCCGGGGGGAGCUCUACCACACAGACCUCUACGCAGAGCUCCAACAGGGAGGCCAUGGAUCCUAUAGGAGAGCUGCUGUCCCAGUUGUCGGGGGUGCGUAGGUCGGCGGGCAGCCAGCUGAGUUCAGGUCCUUCAGCCUCUCAGCUACAGCAGCUCCAGAUGCAGCUCCAGGUGGAUUGGCAGCAGACGCAGGCUACCAGACAGCAGUUGGAGACGGCCCGGGGCACCUCUCAGCGCGGCAGCCGCACCUCUAACCACGCGGGGAAUCACAACGCCAACCCUGGCUCCAACUCCUUCAACAACCUUAGUCCCAACCCGGAGCAGCAGGAUCCCAACACACAGAGCAGCACCUCCCAGUUCCUUCUCAACAGACUGAGUGAGCCGAGGUUGUCGGAGGCGGAGCGCCAGCUACGUGAGGGCCAGUGGGCGGACCGCUCUCUCUUCGUCACGGAGCUCCUCCUCUCCACCCUGAUAGCCAAUCCCGACCACAGCGAAGACGACGAUCUCCGUGACUACCACGAUGCCGUGACGCGAGGCUCGGAUGCCUUCGCUGCCUUCGAAGAUAUGGGCUGCGUAGGGGUCAUGACCUUAGACGUGGCGCUGGAGAACCUCAACCUCCGAGAACUGAAGAAUGAGCAGCGUCCCCCGGCGUUGCCGUAGCCACCACUACCAAGUUUAAAACCACCAACCACCGUUGCCGUUACGUGUCCAACCGCCAAUGGAGAAAGAAAAUACUUGUUUUCUUUUUUCUGAGUGGGGGAUUGUCAUCUCAUGUCACCCCCCCCCACACCCACCCACCAAUUAUGAUGUGUACAUGACAGGACACAGAAUGUGAACGUGAGAGAGCGAGUGUUGUGAGCAAGAGGAAAUAGAACAAUUUUAUAAUACAUCUAUAUAAAUGUUUAUGAAAGAAAGGGGAUAAUCAACUCCACAUGAAGCCGUGUUUUGACUGCUUGUCCCCUGCAGGUGAACGUGGGUCAGAUAGAUGGGUAGGUAGCAGCUUGAUCAUUUCUUAUCAUAAAGUAGUCCACAGACACACAGAGGGAAGAUCUCCAUUGCAUACUCCUCGUCUCCUCAAAACCCAUUGGAUAAGAAGGCCAGAAGUCCCUCCAAUGGGUUUUAAGGGAUAGGGGACGUCUUCCCAGAUUCUCUCCUACUACACCUCUGUGUUCCUGGAUAUUUAUGAAAACCUACUUUGAUGGUUUGCCACGUCCAGAUUGUUCACUGUGUGCCCUCUUCUCAACUACAGUCACUGUUCCAUAUUAAACUGCUGUCAGCUUUCAUCAUAGAGAUGACUUUGGUCCUAUAGGAUAACACAUGUGUUCGGUCUUCCUAACCUGCUCUGUCAAUUAUAAGGGGGUGUUAUUUAGUUCUACACAAAUCAUUCUCUCCUCAGAGACUGUUGAUUUGAAUGGUUUAGUUCCUACCACGUAUAACAUCACUUACGGUGCCAUGUGACCUUUUUGAUUUAUGCCAACUGACCUGUGGCUCAGUUUUUGAGUUGCAUAUCCAGAGAGAAGCUUCAUACAGUAUGCAUAACACUACAUAAGGAUUAAGACUGGUAUAAAAAGGAGUGUUUUUUUCCCCCCCCUAAAAGGCAUGUCUGAAAGUAGGGAGUGUUUGCUAUAGAAUCACUUUCAGCUUUUACAUCACAAUGGUUGAUUUAUAUGGACAGACAUGGGGGGGGGGGGGGUUGCUGAUCCUAGAUCAGUACUUUAUGACACUGUUCUCUCCUGCCAGUUUACAUCGUCCCCCCCCCCCUCUGACUGACGGUAUUCCUCUAUUGCAGAGAUGCUAAACAGACAGAGUGACUGGAGAGAAUCCUGUAUGGUUUCUCUGGGCAAGAAGACCUCUUGUUUGCCUCCAAUGCUACCUUUUAACAAAUGCAAUGUAUGAUUACAUGUUUUUGGUGUUUUUUUGGAAAAUGCUAAAAGACAUGGUAAACUGUUCAACUUGGACGAGGACAAUAAAAUAGUUUUGGAUGUAAAAUGAACUACA